AUGCAAUUAAGCCUAAGGGAGAUCAAACCAAACAUCAAAUCUGAAGCGUAUGACGACCUGGUUGCCAUGAUCACAACUGCAGAAGUUAACCAUGUAGCUGAGAAGGUUGAAUGGUUUAUUGACAUUGGAGCAACUAAGCAUUUAUGUGCUGACAUGGAACUAUUUUCUGGAUUUCAAGGAGCUGUUGAAAUCGAUCAAGUCUAUAUGGGGAGCUAUAAAUUUCAGGCCUUAUCCCAACUUUUAGGAGGUGUAUCCUUCGUUGGUGAGAACCCGCGAUUGGAGGACACUGUUGUAACCUUGGGGGGCAACGCUGAUGUGACUGAGCUCUGGUGGUCAGAGCGAAAUUGCUUUUAA